UUAAUAGGUGUUGAGAAUAAAAUGUAUCCAAGAGAUCCUAACAGAGAUGUCAACUCUAGAGGGCGUAUCAGAAUAAAAAUGUUAAAUGAGGAUGGUGCUUCCAUGUACGAACAAUUUCCAAACAAAAAGUCAGUUUUACUAUACUGUUGUGACACUAUUCCAAAGCUCAAAACACGGACACAAAAGUCAAGUGGUGGUGAUAGUGCUGGUGGUCAAGGCCAAGGAAAGAAAAAGAAGAAAGGAAAAAGAUAAAAAAAAAAAAACUAUGAAGCAUUGGAGGACUAUUUUGUCAAUACACUAACUUUCAAUUGUUGUGACAAAGUCUAAAGCAACCGAGUAAUUCAUCACUGUAACCCAGUCAAUUGAAGUAUAGACCCUUUUUUAUAUGACGUUACCACACAAUGUUGUACAUGUUUGAAAUAUAGGAAACUGUUGAAAAGGCAUCAAUAUCCAGACAACUGUGUUCAAAUAUCAAAUGUGAUCUUUAGAAGUGAGUACAUAAUGUUGCAAGUGUCUCACAGAUUGCCGUUGAUUAUUAGUAGUAUCAAAGUUGAUGUGGUGUCAAAAGUCAGGACGUCUAUUGACAAUAUUUUUACCUACCAACAUUUCAAGUUUUCCCUGGUGCCUAUAAAUUAUGGCUAACUGUGAAUUGCUUAUAUAAUGCAUCGAUGUUAUACAUAAUAUUAUUGAUUUUAUUGGUAUUAUCAACUACUAUCCCAGUUACUAGUAGUUCAUGAUGUCAGUGACUCUCAAAGAUCAAAACAGUACCUGCCUGCCUGUCUAUGUCUGUCUAUCUGGCAUCCCUUCAUAUUGAUGUUUUUAUGGAUUUUUGUUUACAAUAAAACUUUUAUUGUUUAUUUUGUCACAUUUUAUGUUACUUAUACUAAUUAAAUGUCAGUGAUUAAUGAUUCAUAUUUUGGUAAGUAAGUAAUGUGAACAAUAUGUCCACAAAUAAACACCUCAAACUAGCUAUAUGUAUAUUUAACAUGUCAACUUUCUGGAAUAAUUUUUUGAUGAGAGGGUGGGACCAUCCCCUGGAGUACGCUAUUAAAAUCCUAGAACAUGACUCGAUGUACACA